AUGAGUUUAUUAAGACGUGGUGUGGUUCUUGCCAACCGUAUCACCCCUAUGAUUCAAAGUCAUAGAGGUUUGGAGCUGAGCGAGCCCAUGGUUGGAUCACUAGCUGAUAAAAGCCAGCAAAAAAGGUAUGCUUCUCAAUCAUCCGGUUCCGUUAAAAACGGCAAAAUAGUUGCUGUUAUCGGUGCUGUUGUAGAUGUACAGUUUGAUGAUGGAUUACCACCUAUCCUCAAUGCUUUGGAGGUUGAGAAUCGUAAACCCAGGCUGGUUCUUGAAGUUGCUCAGCACUUGGGUGAAGGUGCAGUGAGAACCAUUGCCAUGGAUGGUACAGAAGGUUUAGUUAGAGGUCAAUCAGUUUUGGAUACUGGUGCACCCAUUACCAUCCCUGUAGGGCCUGAGACCUUGGGCAGAAUUAUGAAUGUCAUUGGAGAACCCAUCGAUGAAAGGGGCCCAAUCAAUACUGAUAAAUUUUUAGGUAUUCAUCAAGAUGCUCCUGCAUAUACUGAAAUGAGUGUCGAGCAAGAAAUUCUGGUAACCGGUAUUAAAGUCGUCGAUCUUUUGGCUCCUUACUCUAAAGGAGGUAAAAUUGGUCUUUUCGGCGGUGCUGGUGUCGGUAAAACUGUAUUGAUUAUGGAACUUAUCAACAACGUUGCUAAGGCCCAUGGUGGUUACUCU